AAUAAUUUGUCCACUCCUUGCUCGAGAAGCUUUGUGAAAUUCAACAAAUUUCUAGGGUUCAUAUUAAUUUUUUCGUGUUGCUUCUUCCAUGAAAAAAUUGUUCCAUUGACUCAAGAUAUGUUGUACGAAGACAGCUCCAAGAUUUUCGUUGGUGUUCGUUUUGUUCUAAUUGGAUUCGACCCCCAUAGAAAGGAACAGAUUCAAUCCAAGCUGGUGGAGGGUGGCGGAGUUGAUGCAGGCAAAUAUGGACCUGAUUGCACCCAUCUUAUUGUUGAUAGUAUUAUCUACGAUGACCCCAUAUGUGUUUCUGCUCGACGGGUUGGAAAAAUAGUUGUUACCAGCUUGUGGGUUGCACACAGUUUUGAUUUGGGAAUGCCUGUCGAUCACCAUUCUGUCAUGUAUAGACCUCCAAGAAAUUUGAAUGGAAUUCCAGGUGCUAAAUCACUGAUAGUCUGCUUAACUGGGUAUCAACGGCAAGAUCGAGAUGAUAUUAUGACAAUGGUGGGAUUGAUGGGUGCAAACUUUUCAAAGCCGUUGGUGGCAAACAAAGUCACUCAUCUCAUAUGCUACAAAUUUGAGGGGGAGAAAUAUGAACUUGCCAAGAAAAUGAAGACGAUUAAGCUUGUUAAUCACCAGUGGUUGGAGGAUUGUUUAAAGUCUUGGGAAAUCCUUUCAGAAGCAGAGUAUGAUAAGAGUGGGUAUGAGUUGGAGAUGAUGGAAGCUGAAGCCAAAGAUUCUGAAGAUGAAAAUGAGGGCAUUGCUGCAAAUAGGUCUGCAGAAACAAUAGCUAUCAUGGGUCCUGAAAAUCCCAAAAGUCCUAAUCAAUUCUUUGUGAAGCAGGAAGCCUCUACAAACAUUUCAGGCUUAAACACAUCUAGAGGCUCGUCAGGUCUUGGGAACAGAAAAGAGCUGUCAUUAUCUGCUUCAAAGCAGUCAAAAUCUGACCAGGUUCCAGCUUUUGAAGAAUCUCCGAAUAGGCAUGAUGAAAUGCUUAAUUCCAACUUCUAUAGAACAAAAGAAGAGCCACCAUCUAGCAUGCAACAAAAUGGAAGUGAUUUGGUUUCUGUUUCAAAUAGUGCCAGGAAGUCUCCUCAUUCUUGUUUGUCCAGAGAAUUCCCAAGGAAAUUCAGUUCUCCAAUGACCUCUGAACAUAUGAAGAGUUAUUCAGGAAGUCCUGCCGCUACUGAAGCAGGUAUAGGGUUUGAUUGCUUUAACCUUUCCUCUCAGAAAGGACUAGAAAAAAGUGAGUUAGGUGUAAACACUCCAAAGAAUUUGUCGUUUUCUGGGAAGGGUCAAAGCAGUAAACUGCCUGAGAAAAGGAAUAUGGGCAUUUCAGACAGUAGCUUCAAUUCACCAAGGGCUGGUAAUAAUUUUGAAAGCAUACCAGAUGGUUAUUUGACGGCAAAUCGUUCUGAAGAGUUAAUAAAUUCGUCAAAGUUACAUAGUCUAAGCCAUAAGGGCAGUCAUCUAUUGUCUAGGAACCCUGCCCCUCACUUGGACAAGGGUGUUGCUUUGGAAACCAUGCAACAUUAUGAUUCAACCAUUUCCAAUCCUGCAACACUAAGCACUGGGCAAGGGCAUGAUGAGGAUGCCCCGCAAAGCAGCACUUAUAUGAUCGUGGGGUCGAAAGAGACUAGUCAUGCUGCUGUUGAUGUCAGUGGGCCACUGGAUGAACGGCAUGAUGUCCCAUCUCCAGUUAAUGAAAGAAGAGAUACCCUGAAGUCUAAUGUGCUGGCUGAGUUUAAUAAAGCUGGAGAUGAUUCCGUGUCAGGGUCUAAGACAUUGAAGAAAAGAUCACUUUCCAAGAAGACACUCGGAUCUAGACAAAGUCUCGGUAAAGGGGAUGGCAGAAAUCAGAAAGGUUCUUUACUCAUUAACAAGACUGUUCUGACGAAUGAUUCAGCUGCUUCCAGUAGUGGAGGGAGAGAGGAGACAGAACACCAAAAUAUCUUAAGCUCUACAAAGGGUGAGGUUCUGCCUGCAGAUAAUGCUAAUUCGAGCAAGGAGAUCGAGAGAAAUGAUUUUUUGAAUUCUGAAAAAGAAUCUGCCAAAACAAAUGAAUCCCUAAAUGAUGAUACUGAGGCUCCAGAGGACCAAGAAGAUGAAGAAUUAAAUGUCCUAAGAGAGAAGUCUACUGGUACUGAAGCACAACAUUCAGGGCUUCAAUCUGCGGAGAAGAAAAUAAAUGCAAACAAGGUGGUAAAUAAAAAUGAAAGGGAGGAUAUUGCAAAGAGUCUUAGUACUGUAAGCAAUGAAUUUGAAACUCAAAAGACUUCUUCUGGGAAGGUGACCAAGUUAAGUAAGUCAACUUCUGUGGGGAAAGCUUCAGAGGAGAAAGUUCCCGAAGGUCCAAAAUGUCUGAAGAAGAAGAGCAAGAAAACUAAUCUAGCUACUAAAAGAGCUGCUGUUUCUGUAGAAGGCGCUCUUAGUACUGAAAGCAAUGAAUUUGAAACUCAAAAGACUUCUUCUGGCAAGGAGACCAAAUUAAGUAAGUCAACUUCUGUGGGGAAAGCUUCAGAGGAGAAUGUUUCCGAAGGUCCAAAAUGCAUGAAGAAGAAUACCAAGAAAACUAAUCUAGCUACUAAAAGAGCUGCUGCUUCUGUAGAAGGCGCAGAAAGGAAGAAGUGCAGAACUGAUAGAAACAAAGUAGAAGUAAAGAAAGGAAAAGGAUCUCCAUCUGAAACUGGAAAAGCCUCAGUAAUUUCGACUGAGAAUCAAUUGAAGAGCUCCAUGGAUGUGGAGAAGGAGAAUAUGCCUGUUAAUGGACUCCAGAAUGCGAUUCAUAAUGAUCAUGAAGCUGACAGAAGUUCUCCUUAUGAUACAAAGUCUCGUUCCUUGAAGGUUACAGAAGUACAAAGUGAGCCUAGGUGGUUUAUAGUUAGUGGACAUCGGCUACAAAGGAAGGAGUUUCAGCAGGUUAUCAAGCGAUUGAAAGGGAAAGUGUGCAGAGAUUCUCACCAGUGGUCAUAUCAGGCAACGCAUUUCAUUGUUCCUGCCCCAGUACGAAGAACAGAGAAGUUUUUUGCUGCUGCAUCCUCUGGAAGGUGGAUCUUGAAUACAGAUUAUUUAACUGCUUCUGUUGAGGCUGGAAAAUUAUUAGAUGAGGAGCCAUAUGAAUGGCACAAAAAGGGAUUUACUGAAGACUUAGCAAUCAACUUAGAGGCCCCAAGAAAGUGGCGACUUCUGAGGGAGAGGACUGGACAUGGCGCAUUAUAUGGAAUGAAGAUAAUCAUUUAUGGAGACUGCAUUGUACCACCAUUGGAUACAUUGAAGCGUGCAGUUAAGGCAGGGGAUGGCAUUAUAUUAGCAACUUCUCCUCCUUAUAGUCGAUUCCUUGAGUCAAGUGUUGACUUUGCCAUUGUUAGUGAGGUCAUGCCACGCUGUGACAAGUGGGUUCAAGAAUUCUUAAGGCAUGAGAUACCUUGUGUGUUGCCUGAUUACUUGGUGACUUAUGUGUGCAAACCUGGUUAUACCCUCAGCAAUUAUGUGCAAUACAACACUCAUUCCUGGGCGGAAAGAUCACUGAAAAAACAUGUCAAUCGUUUGGAAGAGAUUGUUGAGGAGAUGGAGCCAUCAGAUGACAGUAGUAAUGAUAUUGCAUGCCAGGUGUGUGGGUCGCCUGACAGGGGUGAAGUAAUGCUGAUCUGUGGUGACGAAAGUGGCUCUCUUGGAUGUGGCAUUGGCAUGCAUGUAGAUUGCUGUGAUCCUCCCCUUGAAUGUAUACCCGAGGAAGACUGGUUUUGCCCAGAGUGUAGCAAGAACAUGAGUAAUACAAGUACCAAAAGGAAGUCCAAAAAAGGGACGUCUACAUCAAAGAAGAAGAAGAAGUGAUAAUGUGUCUGUUGGCUAAGGUCUGUAUAAUAGCUUCACUCAAGUUAAGUAUAUUUAGAUUAGUGAAGUAAAAUGUACAAAAAUAAUUAUUCACAUAGCAGCAUCUUGCUGCUUUUGUUGAAGAAGUUGAUUUUCAAAGUUGUGUAAAAUCAUCUCUUGAGACAUCCAAUGCAGGCUGAGCCCUGGAUCACAUUUGCCUAGUGUAGAUGAAACUUUUUAUUUCACCCCUUCAUGUUGUAUUUGUGCAAACACUUGUGAUUUUUCACAUUGUGAAAACACUUCCAUUACUUUGAA